GUGGGUCCUACAGAAUCGGCGUGUUCGUUUCAAACCUGUAGUACAAGAGAGGACGAGCACGAGAAAGAAGCUUCCCCGUCGAGAAACUUCAGUCUACAAAUCAACAUUGAUGGAGUGGCAGCCGGACGAACAGGGACUCCAGCAGGUCCUCCAGCUCCUCAAGGACUCCCAGUCCCCCAACACGGCCACACAGAGAGCUGUGCAACAAAAACUUGAACAGCUCAACCAGUUCCCUGACUUCAACAACUAUCUCAUCUUUGUGCUCACAAGACUGAAAACUGAAGAUGAACCCACUCGUUCUCUGAGUGGUCUGAUCCUGAAGAACAAUGUGAAGGCCCACUACCAGAACUUCCCCCCGGCCGUGGCUGACUUCAUCAAGCAGGAAUGCCUCAACAACAUAGGCGACCCGUCGCCCCUCAUCCGCGCCACCAUCGGUAUCCUGAUCACCACGAUCACUUCCAAAGGGGAGCUGCAGACGUGGCCAGAGCUGCUUCCCCAGCUGUGUAACCUGCUCAACUCUGAGGACUACAACACCUGCGAGGGCUCGUUUGGCGCCCUGCAGAAGAUCUGCGAGGACUCGUCGGAACUGUUGGAGAGCGACGCGCUCAACCGCCCGCUCAACAUCAUGAUCCCGAAGUUCCUGCAGUUCUUCAAGCACUGCAGCCCUAAGAUCAGAUCUCAUGCCAUCGCCUGUGUGAACCAGUUCAUCAUCGGCAGAGCCCAGGCCCUGAUGGACAACAUCGACACCUUCAUCGAGAGCCUGUUUGCGCUGGCUACAGACGAGGACUCUGAGGUGAGGAAGAACGUGUGCCGGGCUCUGGUCAUGCUGCUGGAGGUCCGUAUCGACCGGCUCAUCCCUCACAUGCACAGCAUCAUACAGUACAUGCUGCAGCGCACACAGGACCCGGAUGAGAACGUUUCUCUGGAGGCCUGUGAGUUCUGGCUCACCCUGGCUGAGCAGCCCAUCUGCAAGGAGGUGCUCUCUGGACACCUGGUGCAGCUCAUUCCUAUCCUGGUGAAUGGCAUGAAGUACUCUGAGAUAGACAUUAUCCUGCUGAAGGGUGAUGUGGAGGAAGACGAGGCUGUGCCGGACAGUGAGCAGGACAUCAAGCCCCGCUUCCACAAGUCUCGCACCGUCACCCUGCAGCACGAGGGAGGAGAGGGCGAGGAGGGGGAGGACAUCGAUGAAGACGACGACGAUGAUGACGAUACAUUAUCUGACUGGAACCUACGCAAGUGUUCGGCGGCGGCGCUGGAUGUGCUGGCCAAUGUGUUCCGGGACGAGCUGCUGCCUCACCUGCUGCCCCUGCUCAAGGGCCUUCUCUUCUCCCCUGACUGGGUCAUCAAGGAGUCUGGCAUCCUGGUGCUGGGGGCCAUCGCUGAGGGCUGUAUGCAGGGAAUGGUGCCCUACCUUCCGGAGCUCCUCCCCCACCUCAUUGCGUGCCUGUGUGACAAGAAGGCCCUGGUGCGCUCCAUCGCCUGCUGGACUCUGUCCCGCUACGCCCACUGGGUGGUCAGCCAGCCCCCAGACUCCCACCUCAAACCCCUGAUGACCGAGCUGCUCAAGAGGAUACUGGACGGCAACAAGAGGGUGCAGGAGGCCGCCUGCAGUGCAUUUGCCACCCUGGAGGAGGAGGCGUGUACAGAGCUGGUCCCCUACCUCAGCUUCAUCCUGGACACGCUGGUGUUCGCCUUCGGCAAGUACCAACACAAGAACCUGCUCAUCCUCUACGACGCCAUCGGAACGCUCGCCGACUCCGUAGGACAUCACCUCAACCAGCCUGAGUACAUCCAGAAGCUGAUGCCUCCCCUCAUUGCCAAAUGGAAUGAGCUGAAGGACGAGGACAAGGAUCUCUUUCCACUUCUGGAGUGUCUGUCGUCGGUGGCCACGGCCCUGCAAAGUGGCUUCCUGCCCUACUGUGAGCCUGUCUACCAGCGCUGUGUAACCCUAGUACAGAAGACCCUCGCUCAGGCCAUGGUAAGAACCUAUAGAGCUCGACAGCUUGUUGUUCUAAAAACUGGAUAUGAGUUACCUCGUGUAACUCAGUCGGUUAAUGACAUGACCUUUAUGAAUUAUGAAGCUUUUUUGUGCUUGUUUUGAUUACAUUAAUAGUUC